UUCUCUCUCUGUUUUUUGUUUUGGUGCUGCAUUUUCGGGAGGUGUUCAUCUCGGUACGAGAAUACGAACAAGGAAAGCCGAGAGACAGAUUCUGUUCUUUGUUGUUAGAUGAAGACAGAUGAAGACAUCCUCUGCCUUCAGGAUUGACAACUAGCGACCCCGUACGGACCAGGAAUGUCCCGCGGCGAAAGAAUGAGGCAACAGGAGAAAAGGGGGAAAACGCAAAUAAGGAAAGCUUUAUCAAGAGAAACGGUGACAGCCCAGAGUCUUUGUUUUUUUUCUUGGUCUCGCUCCUCUCUUCUACGUACACGUGUGUGCCGUGCUCGCGGGGAUCGAACUCCAGACCUGGUACUCUCCGGCCUCACCUCCCAAUCCCUUUAUCAGUGGCCGUGCCGCGUGACUGUUGGCCUGCCCGGAGUCUUCUUCAAGAGGUUCUUAUAGUUGCAGAGUUUUUCUGUGUCCAUGGCCAUUUCAAUGGGAAGCAUCUCACCCGGAGUGUUGGGACCUGUCAACCUGUAUAUAGCACUUGAACUAGUGAAUGUAGUGUUUGUCUUCGUUUUGGUGGCAUGGGUUCUGAUUGACAUUUUGAAGCGGAGAAGAUUUGGUGGUGGUGAUGCAGAGUUGAUCCACAGUGACAGAAUAAAGACAAAACUCAGAGUCUCUUCAAUGGUGAUUCUGGUUUGCAGUCUCAUAAUCUCCAUGACAUACGUUGGCUUUUGUGUUUAUCGUCAUUGGGCUCACAGAAUUGUGGAUUAUGACAGUGUCUCUUGGGCUGUCACUUGGGUUCUCGCAUCUUUCAUUUCAUGUUACACUAGGAGCACAAUUGUCGAUGGGGGCAGAAGCAACUGGCCUCUUGUGAUAAUCCUUUGGUGGGUCUAUUUCACUGUUUACUGUUCACUUUCUGUCUCUUCUUACUUGGUGUUCCGACUGACAAAGUCCAAGGAACUGCCUCCUCUUCCCCUACAAGCCAAUACUGUUGAGUUCGUGUCCCUCCCUUUUUCGCUAGUGAUUUCUGUUAGUGUUGUGGUCAUUAGUUGCACCACCAAGCCUAGUAGUAGUCGUCAUCUCAACCAACCGUUGCUUAGGAAAGAGAGAGAGAGUCCAUGUAUAGAUUCGGAUGGCUUUGAUAAUGCUGGGUUUUGGAGCCGACUAACAUUUCAAUGGCUGAACCCCCUUUUCUGCACGGGUCGAAAGCAAAAGCUCGAAUUAGGCCAUAUCCCUUUGGUUUCUCAGUCUGAAAGUGCAGAGCAUGCUUCAUCGUUGUUCGAGGAAUCGCUGAGGAAACAAAAGUUUGGACCUUGUUCUUUGCCGAACGCAAUCAGCUUUGCCAUAUGGAGAUCGCUGGCCAAAAAUGGAGUACUGGCAGGAAUUAAUACAAUAGCUUCGUAUGCGGGCCCUUUGUUGAUCACAAGCUUUGUGAAUUUCUUGUCCUCCGAGCGCAAAGAUUCAAGCUACUGUUUUGGACUUCUUCUUGCAUUCAUCUUCUUUUCUUCAAAGACUAUCGAGUCACUAACUCAAAGGCAGUGGUAUUUUGGUGCUCAGCGAAUUGGCAUACGCGUUAGAGCUGGCCUUAUGGCAUUGAUUUAUAGGAAGUGUCAAUCAAUCAAGUAUGCCGGUCAAAGUGAUGGGAAGAUUGUAAAUUUGAUCAAUGUGGAUGUUGAGAGAAUCGGGGACUUCUGCUCAUAUAUUCAUGGGAUUUGGUUGCUUCCGGUCCAAGUAUUUUUGGCCCUAGUCAUUCUGUACAGAAAUCUCGGCGCUGCCCCCGCAAUUGCCGCUCUCGCUUCCACAGUUUUUGUAAUGGUUAGCAACACGCCAUUAGCGAAUAUGCAAGAAAGGCAUCAUUCAAAGAUCAUGGAAGCUAAGGACGCUAGAAUGAAAGUGACCUCCGAGACUCUAAAGAGCAUGAGAGUCCUUAAACUGCAUUCUUGGGAACUGACAUUCAUAAACAAGAUUCUCCGACUCCGAGAGACGGAGAGAAGUUCACUGAAGAGAUACCUCUACACAUGCUCUGCGGUGGCUUUUCUCUUCUGGGCUUCGCCGACUUUAGUUUCAGUGGCUACUUUCGGCGUUUGCAUUAUCUUGAAAAUACCAUUAUCAUCAGGUAAAGUUCUUUCGGCUUUGGCGACGUUCAGGAUUUUGCAGGAGCCAAUCUAUAACUUGCCUGAGCUCAUUUCCAUGGUCGCGCAAACUAAGGUCUCCAUUUGUCGUGUCCAAGAGUUCCUUGAAGAAGAGGAUAUCAAGAAGUUAUUGGCUUAUCAAUCCCCGAAUCCAUCAGAUGUUGCUGUCGAGAUUGAGGCCGGUGAAUAUGCUUGGGAUUCAGGAGAUCAAACUUUGAAAAAACCUACAGUGAAAAUCUCGGAGAAGAUUAAAAUAAUGGAAAGUUACAAGGUUGCUGUUUGCGGGGCUGUUGGGUCUGGUAAAACAAGCUUGUUGUGUAGUAUGCUUGGCGAGAUUCCUAGAACAGCUGGGGCAGCAAUAAGGGUCAAUGGAACAAAAGCAUACGUACCACAGAGUGCUUGGAUUCAAACUGGAACUGUGAGAGAAAACAUCUUGUUUGGCAGGAAAUUGAAUUCCGCCUUCUAUGAGAAUGUUGUGGAAAGUUGUGCCAUGAAACAGGACGUCGAGAUGUGGAGUGAUGGAGAUUUGACCGUGGUUGGUGAGAGAGGUAUGAACUUGAGCGGAGGACAGAAGCAGAGGAUUCAAUUAGCACGAGCAGUCUACAGUGAUUCCGAUGUUUAUUUUCUGGAUGACCCUUUUAGCGCUGUCGAUGCGCACACUGGGACUCAUCUGUACAAGAAAUGUCUUCUGCAAAUGCUGUCUCAGAAGACUGUCAUUUAUUCCACCCAUCAAUUGGAGUUUUUAGAUGCCGCUGACCUUGUUCUUGUUAUGAAAGAUGGAUGCAUAAUUCAGUCAGGGAAGUAUGAAGAUCUAAUUGCGGAUCCGCAGGGUGAACUUGUUAGGCAAUUGUCUGCUCAUAGACAGUCUUUAAAUCAAGUGAACCCAGCCCAAGAAGAUAGGACAUCAACCAUCAAGCCACACCAAGCAAGCCAAAUCAAAGUCAUGGAAGAAAACUCUGAGGAUCACGUUAAAAACAGAAAGCUUUCGAAGAAAACGCAAGAAGAAGAAUCGGAAACUGGCCGUGUCAAAUGGAGCGUUUACUCGAUCUUUGUGACUUAUGCUUAUAAGGGUGCGCUGGUCCCGGUUAUUCUUCUUUGCCAAGUUCUCUUUCAAGGGUUACAGAUGGCGAGCAAUUAUUGGAUUGCUUGGGCGACCGAGGACGAUCGCAGGAUCAGCAGAGAAAAGCUGAUCGGAGUAUUCAUCUUGCUGUCUGGUGGGAGUUCGAUCUUUAUUCUGGGACGGGCAGUUCUAUUGGCUACUAUUGCCAUUGAGACUGCUCAACAUCUCUUCCUCGGCAUGAUUUCUUCGGUCUUCCGUGCACCCAUUUCGUUCUUUGACUCCACCCCUUCAAGCCGAAUUCUUGACCGGUCUUCCAAGGAUCAAAGCAUAGUGGACACGGACAUUCCCUACCGGUUAGCAGGGUUGGUGUUUGCUCUAAUUCAGUUGUUAAGUAUAAUCGUCCUAAUGUCCCAGGUGGCGUGGGAAGUUUUUGUUCUCUUCCUUUUAAUCCUUGCUAUUUCCAUGUGGUAUCAGGCUUAUUACAUCACCACGGCCAGAGAACUGGCCAGGAUGGUUGGGAUACGGAAGGCUCCAAUCCUUCAUCAAUUCUCGGAAUCAGUCACAGGGGCGGCAAUAGUUCGUUGUUUCAACCAGGAAGAUCAUUUCUUUAGGAUGUGUCUUAGCUUGAUCGACAAUUACUCUCGCAUAGUCUUCCAUAACAGCAGCACUAUGGAAUGGCUCUCCGUUCGGAUAAACUUCCUCUUCAAUUUUGGUUUCUUUGUUGUCCUGGUUAUCUUGGUGAGCCUCCCUAGGUCAGCCGUAGAUCCCAGCUUGGCUGGGCUAGUGGCAACAUACGGUUUGAACCUUAACGUGCUCCAAGCGUGGGUGAUAUGGAAUCUGUGCAAUGUUGAGAACAAAAUGAUCUCGGUCGAGAGACUUCUUCAAUUUACCAACAUACCGAGCGAAGCUCCCUUGGUGAUUGAAGAUUCCAGGCCGAACCCUGACUGGCCAUAUGAAGGAAAAAUCGAGCUUCAAGACCUCAGCAUCCAGUAUGCUCCUUCUCUCCCAGUGAUCCUCAAGGAGAUCACCUGCACGUUCCCUGGAGGGAAAAAGGUCGGAAUCGUUGGACGAACGGGCAGCGGAAAGUCCACUCUCAUCCAAGCGUUUUUCAGGGUGGUCGAACCCUCUGGAGGGCGGAUACUUAUUGACGGGUUGGACAUUUGUAAAGUUGGUCUGCAGGACUUAAGGUCGCGGCUGAGUAUCAUUCCCCAGGAUCCUACCCUAUUUCAGGGUAACAUUCGGACAAAUUUGGAUCCUCUGGAAGAGCAUUCAGACCAAGAAAUCUGGGAGGUUCUUAACAAAUGUCACCUAGCAGAGAUGGUCAAGCAGGAUCCGAGACUUCUCGAUGCACCAGUUGCUGAGGACGGACAAAACUGGAGCGUCGGGCAAAGACAACUGGCUUGCCUUGCUAGGGUGCUUUUGAAGAAGAGAAGGAUCUUGGUUUUGGAUGAGGCAACGGCUUCAAUUGACACGGCAACCGAUAACCUGGUUCAGCGGACUAUCAGGGAAGAGACGGGUAAUUGCACUGUCAUAACCGUUGCUCACCGGAUUCCCACUGUCAUCGACAAUGACUUGGUUCUGGUUCUCGACGACGGCAAGAUAGUCGAGUACGACUCACCGAAGCUCUUGCUAGAGAACAAGUCCUCUUCAUUCUCAAAGUUAGCAGCCGAGUUUGUUAGGAGAUCAUCUAGUAACAGCUUCCGUGGGGAUUUAUCUCGAGGAAGGUAAAUGAUCGAUCGAGACAAAGGAGUCUUUUUUCUCCAAACAAGCAGGCUAUCGCAGUUAACACAAUCACAAAAGCACUUGCAAUGGAAACCAGCCUGAAGAUCAGUGCUACUGCUUCUUGCUAACAUCUCUAACUAUUUGGAAAGAUUUGCUGAUAUAAAUGUAGAGUAGAGAAUUCCAAAACAGCGCAUCUUUUAGAAAAUUUGCCUUCCCACUUCGAUACAUUUACAACUUCAGUUGCAUCAUACACCACCCAUACACGGACCAUUUGGCUAGGAAUUCUGAAAAACUGAGCAGCUGUGAAUAUUUAUCUCGAUGCUGUAAUAAUAGACAACUCUUGUUCAAUAAAAUGUCAGUCUUUCCGUGUAAA